GCCGCUGUUGAGGCCGCCGCCGUCGUCUCCGCGCAGAGCCGAAGCAGGAGCCACGGCCGAGAGGAGGGAGGAGGAGGAGGAGGAGGUGGAGGAGGCGCUGGACCGGGCGGGGUUGUCGGUAUUUAAACAGGCCACACCAUGCGUGAGUACAAGCUAGUGGUCCUUGGUUCAGGAGGCGUGGGCAAGUCUGCUCUGACAGUUCAGUUUGUUCAGGGAAUUUUUGUUGAAAAAUAUGACCCAACGAUAGAAGACUCCUACAGAAAGCAGGUCGAAGUGGACUGCCAGCAGUGCAUGCUCGAGAUCCUGGACACGGCGGGCACGGAGCAAUUUACAGCGAUGAGGGAUUUGUAUAUGAAGAAUGGCCAAGGCUUUGCACUAGUAUAUUCCAUUACAGCUCAGUCCACGUUUAAUGACCUCCAGGACCUGAGGGAACAGAUCUUACGGGUUAAGGAUACAGAAGAUGUUCCAAUGAUUUUGGUUGGCAAUAAAUGUGACCUGGAAGACGAGCGAGUAGUUGGCAAAGAACAGGGUCAGAAUUUAGCAAGACAGUGGUGUAACUGUGCCUUUUUAGAAUCUUCUGCAAAGUCAAAGAUCAACGUUAACGAGAUAUUUUAUGACCUGGUCAGACAGAUAAAUAGGAAAACGCCAGUGGAGAAGAAGAAGCCGAAGAAGAAGUCGUGCCUGCUGCUCUAGGCCCGCGGCCAGCAGCAGCUCUGAGCCAGAUUGCAGGAAUGAAGAACUGUUGCCUACUUGGAAAGUGCCAGCAUUCCAGACUUCAAAAACUAAAUCUGAAGAGGCUUCUCCUGUUUUAUAUAUUAUGUGAAGAAUUUAGAUCCUAUAUUGGUUUGCACAAGUUCCCCGGAGAGAAAAAAAAUUUGCUCUGUGUAUAUCUCUUGGAAAAUAAGACAAUAGUAUUUCUCCUUUGCAAUAGCAGUUAUAACAGAUGUGAAAAUAAAUAUACUUGACUUCUAAUAUGAUCACACAAAAGAGCAUGGAUGCAUUUCCGAAGUUAGAUAUCGCUACUAUAAUCAGAUGAUUUCAUACCGACCUUUGUACCAUGACCCCCGCCAGGCACUGACUCGCGGACCAUCACACUUUGUGUCUGUAAUGAUAGAGAUCAUGAGACGCCCCUCAGACUCAUUACAGCAGGUAACUUUUUUGAGUCGUUGACUUCAUUUUAUAUUUAAAAAUUAUGGAAUAUCAUUCUGUCAUUAUAUUCUAAUUAAAAUUGUUUGUGCAUAAUGCUUUGGAAAAAUGGGUCUUUUAUAGGAAAAAACUGGGAUAACUGAUUUCUAUGGCUUUCAAAGCUGAAAUAUAUAAUAUACUAAACCAACUCUAAUAUUGCUUCUUGUGUUUUACUGUCAGAUUAAAUUACAGCUUUUAUGAAUGAUUAAAUUUUAGUACAUUUUCA